UCUCAUCUAGUUCACUUUAAACUUGUGCAUGUUAAUAAAUUAUGCACAGGUGUUUGAAAAUGUUCUUUGUCUUGUUGACAGGUUAUGACUCUGCCAGACGGGUUCAAGUUGUGCUGAGAGAGUGAGAGCGAGAGCGUGAGAAUGAGCAUUUGUAACCGAGAGGGGGGUCAGUGUGCCGAGAUGGCCAUGGUGUGCCUGACAGACUUUGAAGAGUAUGCCAAGGAGCAUUUGUCGAAGGCCACGUGGGAUUAUUACGCCGCCGGAGCAGACGAAUGUUGCACCAGAGAUGACAACCUGCUGGCUUACAAGCGAAUCCGCCUGAGACCUCGAAUCCUGCGUGAUGUAUCAGUGAGUGACACCCGGACCACUGUGCAAGGCACGGAGCUCAGCUUCCCGGUGGGAAUUGCACCCACCGCCUUCCACUGUCUUGCCUGGCAUGAAGGCGAGAUGGCCACAGCAAGAGCAACAGAGGCACUAAACACAUGCUACAUCACCAGCACAUACUCCACCUGCUCAGUGGAGGAGAUUGUAGCAGCGGCGCCCAACGGUUACCGCUGGUUCCAGCUCUACGUAUACCGUGACCGAAAACUGUCGGAGCAGAUCGUGCACCGCGUGGAGGCACUGGGAUUCAAGGCCCUUGUGCUCACCGUGGAUGUGCCAUACACAGGAAAGCGGCGCAACGAUAUCCGGAACCAGUUCAAGCUGCCUCCGCAUCUCAAGGUCAAGAACUUUGACGGUGUUUUUCAGGAGGCAGCGGGACCGGAGGAGUACGGGAUCCCAGCCAACACUUUGGACCCGUCUAUUAGCUGGAAGGACGUGUACUGGCUGCAGUCCAUCACACGGCUGCCGAUCAUUAUCAAGGGAAUUUUAACUAAGGAGGACGCCGAGCUGGCGGUGGAGCACGGAGUCCAAGGCAUCAUCGUGUCCAACCACGGAGGCAGGCAGCUGGACGGCGGACCGGCUUCUAUCGACGCUUUGUCCGAGAUCGUGGACACAGUGCAAGGCCGCAUCGAGGUCUACCUGGACGGGGGUAUCCGGACAGGCAGCGACGUGCUCAAAGCAUUGGCCUUGGGGGCAAAGUGCGUUUUCAUUGGACGCCCGGCCGUGUGGGGCCUUGCUUACAAGGGUGAAGAGGGCGUGAGGGAAGUGCUGCAAAUUCUAAAUGAUGAAUUCCGCCUGUCAAUGGCUUUAUCGGGUUGCCGGAAUGUGGCGGAAAUCAACAGGAACCUCAUACAGUUCUCCAAACUGUGACCGAUCUGCAGAAAGCAAGGAGACAUUUUACCUACUAAGCCAAAACUUUUCACUGUCAUCAACACAAAAAGGAGAACAACAAACUGU